AUGGCUGGAUGCUCGACUACCCAUGACGUGCUCAUCGUUGGAGCAGGACCAUGCGGGUUGGCAGUCGCUGCUCGCCUCUGCGAAGACACUCCGUCAGCAAUUUUUACUGACGAGGAGCAUAGACGAUAUCACUGGAUCAGGAAGAACGGACAUCAUGCUUCAAUCAAGGAUAAGAAGACUGGCCAAAUAAAAAAACCCACGAAGCUCGAGAGGUGCCGUAACUAUUCGACGUUAGUGAUCGAUGGUACGGGAAAGAAUUGGAUGCAAAAAUGGAAUCAUCUCUUCAAGACCUUCGAAAUUACACACCUCAGAAGCCCGAUGUUCUUUCAUCCUGAUCCUCAUGAUCGAGAUGGUCUGCUAUCCUACGCAUACGAACAAGGCAGAGACAAGGAGCUCGUUGAGAUACCGGAAUGCGUGGGCAAGGAGAUCAGCAAGCACAAGAAGAAGCAGAGGCUCAAGUGCAAGGCGCAUGGGGCCAGGCCUCCAAUCGCCAUAGACGAACGAGAUCGUAAAGACUACUUCACACCUUCGCGUUCCUUGUUCCACGACUAUUGUAACUGUGUCGUUGAUCGAUAUGGGCUCCGGAGCAAUCUCAUACAGAAUGAAAGAGUCGAGGAUAUCGAUUUCAGCAUCGUACCAGAUGUGGCCGAGACUGAGAAAGUCUUUGUCGUUAGAUCUGACCAAGCAACUCAUUACGCUCGCAGUGUGGUGCUUGCAGUUGGACCGGGAAACGCGCCGUCCAUCCCUGCUGGCUUCGAGAGCGUCGAUCGAGGAUAUUGUCAUGCCAUGCAAAUCCGUGAGUUUCCGGAUCCUUCGGUCGCAGCAAAGAUACGACAGAAGAAGGACGUGAACAUAGUGGUCGUCGGAGGUGGACUUACGUCUGCUCAAUUGACGAUUAUGGCAAGUAAACACGGAGCGACAAAAGUAUUUCAUUUGGUCAGAGGUCGGCUGAGAGUCAAGCCAUUCGACGUUGAUCUAAACUGGAUGGGCAAGUUUCGCAACUUCGAAGAAGCGUCUUUUUGGUCGGCAGAUACUGAUGAAGAGCGUCUACACAAGAUCAAGGAUGCUCGUGGUGGUGGGUCCAUCACACCCAAAUAUCACAAAAUCCUCAAACAGUACAUAUCGGCCGGCAAAGUCUCUCUGCACACAGAAACGACAAUCGAGUCUUCAAGCUUUUCCGACGGCAUAUGGACUGUCAAAACAAGCCCGCCCAUCAAUCUACCAAGCAUUGACUACAUCUACUUUGCGACUGGUAUAGCCAGUGACUUUGAAAGCCUACCUUUUCUGGAAACCAUGAAUCGCAAGUUUCCGAUCGACUCUCAUGGUGGUCUCCCUAGCUUGACCGACGACCUCAUGUGGAAAGAAGACAUUCCUCUUUUCGUCACUGGACGAUUGGCUGCAUUGCGGCUAGGUCCAGGAGCUGGAAAUCUUGCAGGAGCCCGUAGUGGGGCUGAGAGGAUAGCUUGGGCAAUUGAGAAUAUCAUGUCGAAGGGGGAAGGGCAAGAAGACAAAGCUGAUCUGACGUACAAGUUUAGGACUGGUGCAGGAGGACAGUUCUGUAGUUUAGACUGCGAGGCGUGUAUAUAG